AUGCAUAUGGGCCUUACCGAGGAGCUACUUUGCGAGGAUGACUCUCCGUCGCCAUUUUUCAGGUUCAGCGCGAACUCAGUGAAUCAAGCCACUGCAGAAAGAUUGAUCAGCUCAGUGCAAGGGACAUUCCGCACCCUGAAGCCGGAUCUGAGGCCAAUUUCGGAGCAGAUCACCACGAAACACCACCCAUACAUCGACAUUUUACCCUUCCCAACCCUAAGAAAGAACAUCCUAUGCCAUUUGGAUGAUUUUGAUGAAGAUGCUUUCUUUGAUGAUAUGCUAACUGGCUUGCUCUGCUGGGGAGGUACGGGCAUGGCGAAGGGUGAUCGUGCACAAGCUACGGGUUGUGUCUCUACGGGCACACCGUGGGAUUUUCGUAGCUGGGAGGCAACGCAGUGGUUCUUAGAGAAGUAUUGGAAUCUACUAGGAGGGGAAGAUGGGGAGCUCGUCCGACAAAGCCAAUGGUGGCGCGGUGUCAGAGGAGACCCGGAAGUAUCCCCGCCCGUAGACGCACUUUGA